GCCUUAAAAUCAGUAGAAAACUUGAAAAAAAAAAAAGGCUUUGAACUUGGUCGUCUUGGUACGUGUUUGUAAACAACAAAAAUUUAAAUACCUACUAAUUUAUUAGAGCAUAAGAAAUACAAAUAUAGCAGUGAAAUAAUAAACUAGGCACUUCCGUAAACCCUUUUAAUAGGUGCUAAAUUGUAACAAUCAUUUAUAUAAAUGAAGAGCUAAUACACAUUAUAAAAUGAUAUCAGAUUUCGCGAAGGAAAAGGUCUUCUGGACGCAAAGAAUGAACUUGCGUUUAGUCAAAUUUAUAGAGAAGAGACCGAACAUAUGGAAUCCGAAACAUCCGAAAUACACUUCAGUAGCGCAUCGCGAUCGGGCUUACAACGAGUUUGCUGCUAAAUACGGCAACGAUUUUACUGGACAGGCGGUUAAAGAACGAUGGACGAAUAUACGGUCCACUUUCGCCAAUCAUUUACGGAAGAUCAAGACCAGUGAAGUGAAUGGUGAGGAAUACCAAGUCAGUUGGCACUUGUGGAAUGCUUGCCAAUUCCUAAGGAAAGUAAGCAGACGUCAGAAGACUAACUCAGGAGAAGAUAAUGAAGCAACACACCCAGAUGAUUACAAAGAAUGCCCAAGCGAGGAAGAGGCUACAAAUAGCACAAACAACAAGUGCAAAAGUAUUGCUGAAAAUAUAUUUACAAUAUUUAAUGGUAUCAACAAUGGUGGGGUUGAACUAGAUAAUACUAAAUAUGGAAAAGUUGGGAGACUGGUUACUAAAAAGUUAAACCAAAUGAGCUCAUUUCAAGCAGCAAAGGUUUCACAGAAAAUUCUGGAAAUAUUAUUACUUUAUGAUAAAGACAAUCCCUUGAAUCCCAACAAUUAUAAGGCUGAGUGUAUUCUUCAAAUGCUACCACAUGAAUGGUGGGGUGCCAUUUUACUAUGUUUAGACACUAGACAGAGAUUAACUUCUCUGUCGACGGAUAACUGUGAUUUCGAUUUUAACGAAGUUCAAACAAUAUUUGCAAUGGACACAAAAAUAGAUCAAACAAUUACAGUCAAAGGAGCUAUAGAAAAAAUUAAAUUAAAAUGGGAUGUAAUACAUUCUAAUACAAAUGUUUUCCGCUAUAAAAUUAAUAGUAUUGAAGAGAGGAUCGUUGAUGACAAAUAUUUAUUGCAGUUAAACCCUGAUAGAACUACUAAAAGAAGGACGCCUGAGCAAAUUGUCAAUAUUUGUCAACAAUUUGAUGAAAAUAAAUUCAAUUUCACAAAAAUUUCUAGUGAAGAAGUGAUGUUUAAGUUAAAAUCAGAUAACAAAGAUGAUAAUCACAUAUUUGUAGUAAAUGUAAGUCCUAUAUCAAGGUACCACACGCUGCUAUGCCCAUCUGUAGACAAAUGUUUGCCACAAGUGGUCACUAAACAUAGCUUAAAGUUGGUAAUUGAUUUAUUGCUAGGAGCUGAAGACCGUGAUUUGAGGAUAGCAUUCAACAGUUUGUGUGCAUUAGCAUCCGUGAACCAUUUGCACUACCACAUCUUUAUUGAGAAGAACAAUCUUCCAGUGGAAACAGUGAAAUGCAAACAAAUCAAAGGACCACUUUAUCGUUUCGAAGACUAUCCGGUGCCAGCGUUCUGCUUCCUAAUAACGAAAAGGUCGCCAAAAGUCGAUGAAAUAUACAAAUUGAUAGAAUUCUUCCUACAUAACUCGAUCGCUCAUAACAUUUUCGUCACAAGAGGUGACUGUAUUCGUGGGGAAAAUUUAGAUGACGAUGCAGUUUAUCGGUUUUUGAUAUGGCCUAGGAAAAGCAGCGCUGGUGUCAAACAACUUGCAGCAUUCAAUGUUGCCACAUGUGAAUUGAGCGGCUGGUUUGCUGUACACAGCACAGAAGACUUUUAUAACCUAAAAGCUGAACAGUUAGAGAACGAAUUAAGAAAAUGGAAAAUCGAUAGUUUCGAAGAGCUGUGUGAACAAGUGAAAUCAUUAUACUAAAGAAGACAACAAUUUUUGGAAGACCAGUUUAAAGAAAACUUACUGCAACAGAAUAAAAUUGUUUAAUCACCUA